UGCAGCCACAUCACCAAGAGCAGCUAUAAUCCUCUGAAACCCGUGUGGUAGAAUUCUGAUUAGACGCGCCCAGGUACCAGGAGGAGGCAUCGAUUCCAUCCGGUUUACUAUAAUUCUUAGUCAUCGUACGCCUGAGAAAAAUGACGGUAGCUUCAGGGCGUGUGACUCAAGCUGUUGGGAAAUGCAAUGCAAGGUGUGCAGAGGAGAAACCUUCCCGGCGCGCGCCUCAUUCUCUCACUGACUCCUCGCCUGCUUCAAAAAAAUCGCCAGUCCCGCUCUCCUCCUCCUUUGCAGGCAGAUUAGCAGAUCUAGGCCCGCCUCCGCUCCUCCUCCCCAGCAGAAGUUGCUCUGGUGUCUGCGGCAGCCAUCUUUGUUGAUGUGUCAGCUUUCAGUUCCGCUUAGGAGCUGCUGCGGGAGCCAGAGGAGGGAAGAAUCCUCCCCUCACUCACGAUUAGCCAUGGGGGAGCAGCUACUGUUGCAACUGAUACUCUGGUUCUCAGCUCCCUAGCAAACUGGAUAGGACACUGCUGGCAUAUUCUCUCUCUCUCUGCUCAGAGAGACACACACACAAUGCAGUGAAGAAAUUAUUUGCCAACAGUUUCUCCUACAGUAUUACCAUCCUGUUUUCUCCCUAGCAACUUUGUGGAAAGAUGGACGAGCACGUACCAGGAGAGCAAACUACUCUAGAGCCACUCAACGUGUCAAAGACCAAUGAUGGGUCUUCCAGCUCAUUAACUUCUGAGGAAACUGGCAGAACCCUGGGAAUUCAGGAUGGUCUGCAUACUGAGGACCCUGGAGGUGAAAAGAGCAGUUUGAAUACCGAAAAUGAACCAUUGGCGUUGGAUACCAGUCCAGCUGCUACUGAUGCAAGGAGAAAUGGGGACAUAGUUGAAGCACAGCUUACACCAGACUUUAAUGGAGGUGGAGAUUGUUGUUCUAAAUCUUUAGAAAUACCAAGAGAAAGUUUUAAGAAAGCAGAUAGCUUACCUGGUGGGGACUGCGAACAAGAAAUUUCAAAAACUGGUGGCUCAGAUCAAUCCUUGACAGACCUAUUGCAUGAUCUAAAAGAGUAUGAACAUCUUAAAAGGUCUGAUGGAGUCUGCUCAGAAAGCCCUUAUGACACAGAUUGUACCAAGAACCUUAUCUCGACUAUACAGAAUGCUUCCUCUCAAGAAGCUUUGUUAGAGGAGAUAGAGUCUGAACUGUUAUCCACUGAGUUAUUGAAAGACCAUAAACUUCCAAAUGGGGCAUGCAAGAGUAAAGCUGCUUUGGCCAUAUUUGAGAAAUACAUGCAAGAUAAAUAUCUGCAACAAGAGCACACAAUAAAGAAAUUGAUCAAAGAAAACAAAAAGCACCAAGAAUUAAUUUUGGACAUUUGUUCAGAAAAGGACAACCUAAAAGAUGAAUUGAAAAAAAGAACAGAAACAGAAAGACAACAUCUCAGCAUUAUUAAGCAGCUGGAGGCCAGAAUAGAAGACCUUCAAAAAGAAGUUAAAGCUGCUAAAGAUAAACUUAUAUCCCAAGAUGCUUCUGCGAAAAAUGCUAUCCAACAGCUGCACAAAGAGAUGGCCUUUCGUACAGAUCAGGCAAACAAGAAAUGUGAAGAAGCCCGCCAAGAGAAGGAAGCCAUGGUAAUGAAGUAUGUUAGAGGAGAAAAGGAGUCCCUAGAUCUUCGAAAGGAAAAAGAAGGGCUUGAAAGAAAGUUGAGAGAUGCCAAUAAAGAAAUCGAAAAACUCACCAACAAAAUAAAGCAGCUUUCUCAGGAAAAAGCACGGUUGCACCAGCUCUUUGAACUCAAGGAAAGUGAAGCUGCCAGAAUGUCAAAAGAAACAGAGAAAUUAAAAGAAGAAAUCAACUCUCAUGUGAUCAAAGUUAAAUGGGCCCAAAACAAACUGAAGGCUGAAAUGGAUUUGCACAAGGAAACCAAAGAGCGACUUAAAGAGGCAACAGCCAAGUUGACUCAGGCAAAAGAGGAAACCGACCAGAUACGAAAGAACUGCCAAGAGAUGAUAAAAACAUAUCAAGAAUCUGAAGAAAUUAAAUCAAAUGAAUUGGAUGUAAAACUUCGACUUACAAAAGGAGAACUGGAAAAACAAUUACAAGAGAAGUCUGACCAUUUGGAGGUACAUCAUGCCAAAAUAAAAGAACUUGAAGAUGUGAAACGAACAUUUAAGGAGGGUAUGGAUGAGCUCCGGACGCUAAGGACAAAGGUCAAGUGCCUUGAGGAUGAACGACUGAGAACAGAAGAUGAAUUAUCAAAAUACAGAGAAAUUAUUAAUCGUCAAAAGGCUGAGAUUCAGAAUCUGCUGGACAGAGUAAAAAUUGUAGAUCAGCUGCAGGAACAGCAUCAGAGAGACGAACAAGAAAUUAACUCAUUGAAGGAAGAAGUGGAUAGCCUCAAUUCACUGAUUACUGACUUCCAGAAGGACAUUGAUGGCAGCCGGAAAAGAGAGUCUGAGCUUUUGGUUUUCACUGAAAAACUGACCAGUAUAAAUGCCCAACUACAGUCGGAAACAAAUUCCUUACAAAUGCAGCUUGAUCAGCUCACCUACUCGGAGAGAGAGGCACAGAGUCAGCUGGAACUUGUGAGACAAGCAAGAGAUGAGCUGGCCAGUAAAUUGCAGAAGGAGGAGGAGCUUCACAGAAACAAUGUUCAGAUGCAGCAGACGGAAUUGGCAUCACAACAGAAAGCAUUAGCCAACCUGAACAUCCAAGUGGACGAAUUGAAAGAUGAGCUGGUGACUCAGAAGCGAAAACAGGCAGCAAAUCUUAAAGACCUCACUAAACAACUUCAGCAAGCGCGAAGAAAAUUGGAUCAGCUUGAAAAUGGCAACUAUGAUAAAGAAGUCAGCAGUAUGGGGAGUCGAUCUAGCUCAUCAGGCUCUCUUAAUGCUCGAAGCAGCAAUGAAGAUCGGUCACCAGAAAACAGUGGCUCUUCUGUAGCAGUAGAUCACUUUCCAGAAGUGGACAAGACCAUAUUGAUUGAAAGAAUUGUAAGGUUGCAGAAAGCUCAUGCUCGGAAAAAUGAAAAGAUGGAGUUCAUGGAGGAUCAUAUCAAACAGCUAGUGGAAGAAAUCAGGAAAAAAACCAAAAUAAUUCAGAGUUACAUUUUGAGAGAAGAAGCUGGCACACUCUCCUCUGAAGCCUCGGACUUCAACAAAGUGCAUUUAAGUAGGCGUGGUGGGAUCAUGGCCUCUCUCUACACAUCUCAUCCAGCAGACAGUGGCCUCACAUUGGAACUCUCUCUGGAGAUAAACAGGAAACUUCAGGCAGUGCUGGAGGAUACUUUAUUGAAGAAUAUUACCCUGAAGGAAAAUCUGCAAACACUAGGAACAGAAAUAGAACGGCUAAUUAAGCAGCAGCAUGAACUGGAACAGAGGUUGAAGCAAACAUAGCUGAGAGCACGAUCAAGGAGGCAGAACAGGCAGGUGCUCCAGACCCUGUUUGGUAUACAGGCUGGAUGUCCGCCAGUGUCCUUCGUCGAUCCCGUGAAGCUUUAAAAGUGCAAACUGACAUAUGCUUGUGAGCAAGGUUUCCAAGACCUUGAUUACAGCGUCUGCCUUGCCUGAAGAGAUGGAGACACGGGUGAACUUUUCUGAAAACUAUUUUUGUCAAUAUCACUCUUCACUGAAGCUAAAUAUCAGCCCACCUUAUUCUUAGAGAUAAAGCCCAACAUCUCUGCUUUGUGCAAUUGUAAAAUAACUUGUUUCAUGGAGAAGUUUCAAAAGAGAGACUGGUGGGCAAGAGUUGUGUUGUAGCUGUUGCUGUUUUGCUGCAGGCUGUAGCUGGCUGUUAGACAUCUUGGCUAGCGGAACACACCAAUGAUGAGGGGAUGCUGGGAUACUGUCUGUGCACAAUUCCCCCAGCCCCUCUACACAUGCAAACAUACCUGUGGGUGAAAUGGUCCUGUACUCCAGAACCACUCUGGAAGAGAGGAAACAUGCCACUGACCCUCAGCGAUGUGUUUCCUCUCUUCCAGAGCGCAAGCAGAGCAGAGACUUUUCACUCCUUGCUCAACAGCCUACAUGAACAGGGAUUAGGGGAGUUGCCCCAAUCACAUCCCUGCAGUCCCUCAUUAGGUGUGCCCUUCAUUAAGAUGUCAGCCACUGAAUUUACCACCUCUAGGGCAAAUAGUUCUACUUUUUUCUCUCCUUGCAUGCCCAGUUAAAUGCAAAGCUUCUUGGCUCAUUAAGCACAGAUCCUGGUAGUCUCUGCUGUGGUUUAAGCAAUCCUAACAAGCUAGGAUAUCAAACCAUGGUCUCGGGAAUCGGUGUUUAACAAGCCAAGAAGCUUUGCAUUUAGCAAGGCUUAUGAGAAGAGGAGGAAAGAGGCUUGUUGGUUUUUUUCACAGUUCACAGAAUGUGACUUGGAGCUUCUCAACUGGGCAGCACUUUGGGGUUUAUUAACCAACUUAAACCAACUUUUAUUUAUAACGUGUGGGAAACGGGCUUCUUAGUACACUGUUUCUUUACAUAUACAAUUUAAGGACCUGGUAUUGCAUAUUUUACCAGUUGGAGAAGAGAGAAGUUAGAAGAAAAAGGAAUCUCUUUUGACUUGUCAGAUAUAAAUUGAAUUUUUUUUUUUUAAAGCAAAACGAAAAACUUCUACUGCAGUUAAUGGGCACAGGCUUGUAGCAGUGGAGAUCUCUAAUAAAAUAUGUAGCUGAGCGACCUAAUAAUAAUGUUGAAUCCUAGGAACGGGCUUUGGAAAUGGAAAUGGAAAUAAUGAUUAAAAGGAAUCAUUGUGGCACAAAUAUAGGAGAUAAUUUCUCGUAAAUUAUUGCAUAUCGAUACAAGUAGAUACUUGUAAAAGGCAGAAGAAGAAAAAGGGUCAUUUAUCUUGGCACUUAGGUUCUGGACACAAUUUUCACAAGGUACACCACAGUGGUAAUCUGAUAUCAUAAAUGACUCCUAUCGUGAUCUACACAGAAUGGACAGAAAAGCCCUCUGCAGCCACCUGCUACAGCUGUGGAUAGUUUUCAUCUGUUUUACUGUUGGCUGCCAGGAGAGGGUAAUAAGACAGCAACAUCUGUGCCUGAAAUGUUCACACAAAUUCCCAAAAUACAAAUUCCUGUACACUAGAAAUAAUUAAGCAUGUUCGCACCCGCACUGGUAGACAGAACAUGGUUAGUAAAACUAAGAGAGGUCUUUUCAGGCUGUAAGCAUGUUGGAAAAAGAGCAAGGAAAGAUAAAGGGAUGUGAACUUAGUCUCUGCUGGAAGGUGAAAGGAGGCUCUGGUUUCCCACACUUAAAGCUUGAAGUGAUAAUGGUGUUGCUUCAUGGUUCUUUUUCGGAGCAGUGCAUGUUCAGGUUUGUACUUGCUCUGGAAUGAAGAGGAAGGCUGGGCAAACUCUUACCCUUUCACGCCUCGUUCCCCUCCCUUGUCAGGAAGUCAGAAUAAUGCAUUCACAUUAAUCACUAACAAAAAUAUCAAGGGUUUUUUGUUUUGUUUUGCUUUUUUACAAGCUAGAAGCAGUCUGCAGCAAAAGAUCUCAUUGCAUGUGUGGCUAUUUUAAAACCUAGACUAAUCAAAACUCUGACACAUGCCUUCAGCCUUUCAGUUCUUAUCAACUCUUCACCUUACUUCGUCACCCUCAAACCCCUGGUAUAAGGAAGGAGCCUGUAGAAGAGGAUGGCAACCUCUGAUCUGAGCCCUAAUGUUCUUUUCCAUUGUUUACUCAAAAGUAUAAAACUCUGCUCAAAUAUUUUUCAUAGUUGCCUCAGAUGGCUCCAUUCGUCAUCUUAAGAGUAUAUAUAUAUAUUCAGACCCACUGUGAGAAGACUGCUUUUUUGGAAACUAAAAUUCAUUGUGUAAAUAUGUAUAUAAUGCUAGAGUUUGUAUUUUUUUAAAAGCCAUGCAUUUCAUAUUUUUCUGAAAGCAUGAUACAUGUGUACAGUAGCAAAACACUUCUGCCUUCCAAUUAAUUAUGUCAAAUCAUAUACUUAAGGAGAUGGGGGACUGUCCUCCUAUAAUGAACUUCAAAAGUUUUCAGUUUUGCUUCAUCGUGUAUCAUUUAGGUUGCAAGUAGCUGAAACUGUCAAAGUGUGCAUCUUUUGAUUCAUGGAAACAGUCCUAUUUUAAUCACAAAAUAUUAAUUUUGAGAAUUGGGACUUCAGAGAUUAUAGCACAUCAGUAUUUACAAAAACAGGGCUUCUUCAUUUGUAUGGCAGGAUUGUAUUUAUUUUCAGAAUGGUGUAAUAUUAAGCACCACAAAUGUAGGUCUUGUUUGAAAAGUGAUAUUUGUAAUUGUGCACCUCCAGGCCUGUCUGACACACUCUCUCUCUCUCUCUCUCUCUCUCUCUCUCACACACACACACACCAUGUGGAUGUUUGGAGAAAGAAUCUUCCUUUCAUCUGUAUUAAUUGAUACUACAUGAGUAAAAAUUUGCAUUUCUGACUGAGACUAGGAAGAAGAAAAGAGUUACUGAAUGGAAGUGAUAUGGUUAAAGCCAUGUUAUUUGAGAAGCCUUUAAAUAUGCCUUACCUCUUAUUCCCAUCUUAAUAAAGGCUGAUAUGCAUACAUGCACGCUUGCUUGCUUGUGCAUCUGCCAGUGAGCUAUUUGUGUGAAAGAGUUGACAUGUGCAGCACUGCCAAACCAGUCCACCUGUUUGAAGUGGCAGGCAUAACUGCCUCCUUCUUGCAGUGCCCCUUGACAUGCAGAGCUAAGCCUUUACAUGAUCAAACUGAAGGUGGCCACUGUGUGUUCCAGGUUUGGCAAUCUCAGACCUGAGGGAAGAAUCCCAAGUGUGGAGAGAGCAUGUGUUUGUGCUCCUGACCUCUUAAUGUGCUACAGGGUUCCCCUUGUCUCUUCCCUGGUGCUUGUCAAUCAAUCUUAGAAAUUUGGAGAAGAACUCUGAGAGCAUUCUGAUAGAACAUAGAAUUCUGAGAGGUCCUUUCCCUGACAUUCGUCUUUGUGAGGAGCGGUGGCGUAGCAAGUUUGGAGGCAGCCGUUGGGCAAGAUUAUGAGGAUGCGCCCGUCCACUUGCCUUUGCCAUGCUCUCUGAAGCCAAGUCAAAGAGCCUCUGAGUCAAGAGCAUUUCUGCAGCUGUCAUGACCCAGCUCAGUGAUGCAGGGCUGACUCGAUGUGAUGAGAACAGGCUUCCUUAAAGGGGACACCUCUUCUCGCUGAGAUGGGGCAGCUUGGCCAUAUUAUCAGUGAUGUGAGGAGGGGGAGGCGGUGUGCACUUGCACCCCCACUAUAGUCCCUAUAGUGACUAUGCUCUGGUUAGGAAUGUCUUCCAGUACAGAAAGCAGAAGUGUGAACAAGUACAGAAAUACAGCAUGUCCUCCAUAGCUUCUAAAGAAGCACCUAAUGUUAGUUGUCUAUGUUCAUGUGAAGGCAGCCUUUGGAAUGUAGCACCUGUCUGUGUGCACAUGUGUCAUUCUUGUAUGCUGAUCUCUCAGUCCAGGCUCCAAAAAUGCAGAACAUUUUAAUGUUUCCAGUGCUCUAUUCUGGCAACGAGUUUUACUUUGUUUAAUCACAGAAAAAUAUAGGUAGCAAUAGUAUGACCUGGUAACUUGUUUAUAUGGCUUUUCCAGUGCAGAUUGUAAAUGAAGAAAAGCACUGUUGAGAUGGAAAAAGUGCAAUUGCGCUGUGCUUUUAAAAAAUGUUGGUAGCAGCUUUAAUCUUGCAUCUCUUAAUCAGAAGAUUCCUUCUGUGCUGCUGUUUUUCUAUUUUAUAUAAUAGUUUGGAGAAAUGGCUUUUCUGUCUAUCAAGGUAUUUUCUGAUGGAAAUGUUGCAGUAUUUAUUAAUAUCAGCCCUGUGCUUUAAGAUUGCUCUGAAGGGUGAGUCAUUAGAAAGUCAUUGAGCUUGAUCCUAUGUUUUGCUAUUUUUCAAACAUCCAAUCUCUGUGUUCUGAGUGUUCAACUAGACAAGAUGACAUAAACUCCAUAAAUGGAUCUCCUACCUUAUGGGGGCUUUAAAUGGCAAAUGCAUGGGGGAGGAGAAGGAUUCACAUGAGGACUACAGUGCUGGGUGAGGUGGAGUUAACCCUUCCCUCCGUGCCAUUUUUCUGGAUUCCAAUGGAGAUAACAGCAUAGGGGUGAAAAAGUUAGCACUCCACACGCAGUGCUGCAGCCCCAAUCCCUUCCUCCCCCCCCCCCCCCGCCCCACGCACACUGUGAUUGUGUUUGCCAUUUAAACAACCACCACCACUGCCUUUGGAAGAGCCAUUUGCAGAUCUCCUACAGUUUCAUCUGGUUUGGCCCCAAGAAAAGUAUUCCUUUAGGCCCAACUGUAUUGCUGGGGUUGAAUCGAGCCCUCCUGAAAUAUAUGCACUACAAAAUUAAUUUGUGCAUCUCAAAGCAACAUUGAUUCCAUUCUUUCAAUGACGACAGAGAGAUCACUAUUAAUAUUACUGAGAUUAGCAACUGUCAAAAAUAAUAGUAUUAUGUAUGUAACAAGACCCAUUUGUGUUAUUAGCAUGAAUAGUGGUUGCAGUUGCAUGGCAGAGCAUUUCCAUGGCCAAAAUUAUGUACAAAACCGUACUUUACAUUAUUAUUAGAUGAUGAAAGUACAUUAUUGGAUGAAAAGAGAUGGUUCUUCGGCUUUGCAUCAGACCUGAAAUGUUCCAUGGUUCUUCCACGAAGGUCAUCAAAGAGCCUUUGUAGUGAUACCCUGCCUCUUGUUUCUUCUUCUGCCCUUAAGUAGCAUAUUUGUAAGAAAAUGGAUAGUCUUCACUUGUGUCAUAGUUUUUUUCCUAUAUCAAAAACAGAUGUCUCAAAACUUAUGUUGGGGCUAUAGGAAAAUGAAUUGCAAGGCGGAUGACUGUGCUUCACUUUGCACACAGGCCUGGACCUGCAAGCAGUUUAGGAAAAACAGGAAGAAAACUAUCUUUACGUAGCUUGCUCUUUUCCCUGCUUGUUCAGCUUCACAGUUCUUGUUGAACUUCUUGUUUUGCAGGGCCUUUCUCCUGAAUUUAUUUCCAGGUUUUACUGUAGCAUGCAUGGUGUUCUGCAGAAACUGUGCAUGCCAAUAUUCGUGUGUGUGUGUGUGUGUGUGUGUGUAUUUAAUGUCAAAAUUCUCCACCAAGAAAAUCCAAGUCCUGUGACGAGAACAACUAAAUUCUGCAAUCUAUACUAUGCAAGAGAAACUUUGCAUACUUUGUUCUGCUUCUGUUAGUCAUGGAGACGGGGGAAGAGUUAUAUAGGACCCUGAAAUCACAUCACACUGAUCAGUGGGAAUCUUAUUAGCUGUUACUUCCAUCUUCCAAAAGGACAUCAGGCAUUGCCCAUACACUUCCAAACCUAUUAUUUAGCCAUAAUUACUAGAAAUAGUUUGAAUGAAAGCUGAGCUUUCUCAGUCCUGCACCUGGUACUACCACCUUCUAGUUUUACCUUAUUUGCACUGAGUACAUGCAGCUUUGUCAAUAUUCUAUUGAUUUGCUACUAUUAUUCUGUUAAUGGAUUCUCUAGAUAAACAUAUAGAGCUAAUAUCUAUACUACUUUACCAUGUGGUAGAAGGAGAAAAUGGCUAAACCGUGUGUGUGUACACACAGUUGAAAGGAAGCAAACAUGGCUAAUGCUAGUUCCUUGCCAUCAGAAAUAUUUGGAUCCGUAUACUGGGCCACCUUUGUUGAAUUCCGCCUGGUUAGUGAAAGACCCUCAGAGGACUGCCUGCAUCAGAGUCUCCCAAAGAGAGAAAACUGCUGGCUUUAGGCUGUUGCUCUUGUAAGUGGGGGAGAAUUUCAAUCAGGCAGUGUGGGUAGGCCUAGUCUGAUUCAGUGUUACAGUCCCUUUGAAAAUGUGCUCCAAAUAAAUUGCAAUAGACUCUACUGAAGAAUACUACACUUUCAAAACCCAUCCUGGAACUAUUCAUUGAGUCCUUUAGGUCAGCAUAACCUGGUGCUAAACAAAUUAUCAGAACUACUAACCUUACAGCAGAGAGUGCCAUUGAGCCUCUGAGGCAGGGAGUUAAAAAUGGACAUGAAUGUAGCUGAAGCUCUAUAAAUAAUGGACUCUCUUCAGUUGAAGACAGAAACAAAAAGCAACCGAGGAAGGCUUUUUUCCCCAGCCUGCUUUUCAAAAUUCCACUUUAUUCUGUUUAAUGUGAAAUAAGAAAUCCUGAUCAUCUAUUGAAGUUAACUGGCAACGGAUUACCAGACAUAGGUCAGCCUGACAACCAGUCCUAGUAGCUGAUACUUAUUUUUAAAUGGCACCUUUAUCCACAGACGUUUGUUCAAAAUAUCUUGUAUGAAGAUCCAGUAUAAGUUAUUUAAGAAAUUGAUUUUUUAAAAUCUGUUGGACAACCUGUAUUUCAUAGAAUAUCAGCAAUUCCUUUUGUCUCGCCUACACGUUCAUUAGUGCUGUCAGAGGUAAUUUUGUACAUGUCUAGAAAGAUGGCUGCAGUCCUCUGGGUGGAAAGAGGAAAGGUUAGCAAACCAAAAGACACUGGCUGAUCUCCAGAUAAUGUGGGUAAAGAGAUAUGAAGGGAACACUCUGGAAGUCCUUGGACAACUCCAGUCUUCCUGUGAGUGGUGUUGCACCAGAGCCAUUAGAUUUCUGAGCACUUCCCACACUGUUAGUGAUCUGUUUCUGAUCUUACAGAGCACUAGCAGGGUGUGAGUAGCACUCCAAACUCUAAUGGCACACAACUGUGUGCACAGGGGGACUGAGGGAGUUGGGUGAGGGCUACCGGUGUGUUCCCACAGCCCCUCCUUAUGCACACAUUUCAUUAGGACGUCAGCCACUGACUUAGGUAUGCAUGUAGAGCCAUUGCCCAUGGCAUUUCACAGAACGUAUAAAUUAGGGCUUAUUCACAUGUGUGCACACACUACUUGAUUUUUCAUCAUUUGGCUAUAUUGGAUGACUGUCCAAAUGUGUGAAUUGACUACACUGGAAAUGUAAUUGAUGGAUAUUAUGUGAUAGAUUUGCCUUUUAUGUUAAAUUUGUGGUGGCUUGACAUGUGCAAGUCCUUGCUUGCUUGAUGAUGUCAUAGAGGUAGGUAGCUCCUCUUCAGUUACCAGCCCAUCACUGUCCAUGAUGCCUGAUGCUCCUUAGCAAAGUGUAGAAGAGCCAGUGGUGGGGAAGAGAGAGAGGGAAAUGUGAGAACAAGAUCUUAAGAAGAUUUUUGUUGUUAUCUGUAAGGUGACUGUUUUCCUUAAUACUAUGAUAUUGACUUCCUCCAAAAAUUGCUUUGCUCUCACUAAUGAUUUUUGCUCUCAACUGAUUUCUUCAAAUUAAAAAAUUGCCAAUAAUACAGACUAUUGCUUAUGAUGAGCACCAGAGCCUACUAUUUGCUAAGUCAGCAGACGUGUAUUCUGUUUUAAAAAUGCAUCUGUUCCAGAUAAACUGUUCCUGAAACAGAGGUGGGUGAGAUUGUUCUUUUUUACUCCAUUUCAUCAUUUAGAAAUUACACAAGCCCCUGUGAGUGUUCUGCUGUACCUUGCUCAUAAUUGUUUAAAUGUACAGUGGUUCAAUAGUUCAUAAGUAACAGUAGGUGGUGCUAGAAAGCCCUUUUCAUGUCUUCUAGGAAAGACAAAAAUGGGUUUUUAAUUUAAUUUAAUUUAAUUUUUAGCCAUAUCUGUGUGGAUCUUUCAAUUCAUUAUAAGUGAUAAUCUUCAUAAUCAUGUUAUUUAUCUGUUUUAUAUGCUGAUGGCGAAACUGUCUAUCUUCCACUGUAUGUAUGUGUGUUAAAACAAAAAACAUAUAAAACAAUGGUUUGAGUUGAUUAUAUUCUGUAGAUAUUUCUGUAUAAAGGAAGUUUUUUCUUUGUUUCUCCCAAGACAUGGCUAUAUAUUAUGUAUAUACUGGAUUUUGAAAUAAUAAACAACAUGAACCAUG